CAGAGACUCAGUUAAAGGUGAGGAUUGGAGAUGGUCCAUUUCAUUGAAGAAGCAAAGGUAGGGUAGGCUCUUAUCACCCAAAGCAACGUCUGAUCUUCUCCCUUUAACUCUCGUGUCUAACUCACGAGACUCUGAGCAAAAAGCACGCACAAAAGUACUUACGGCCACGGGAUUUACAAGAAAGCAGAAGCUUAAUCCCACACACACCCAAAAAAAAAAGCAGCGAAUGGAGACUCCUCCAGGCAUACCCAAGAAGAAAAGCGUAGAUCAGCAGGGACAGGUUCUGGACGGUUCGGAUAUAAUGGAGUUGGUUGGGAACGAGGAGGUGUUUAGCAAUUUCGUGGAGCAUAAGUUCCAGGAACUGGAUAGGGAUAGAGAUGGUAUGCUCUCUGUGAAGGAGCUUGAACCUGCUGUUGCUGAUAUUGGUGCUGCUUUGGGUUUGCCUGCUCAGGUCACUUCUUCUGAUUCUGAUCACAUUUACUCUGAGGUCUUGAAUGAAUUCACACAUGGCAAACAAGAAACAGUGAGCAAGACUGAGUUCAAAGAGGUUCUUUCAGACAUUCUGUUAGGCAUGGCUGCCGGCUUGAAGCGGGAUCCUGUUGUCAUCCUCCGUAUUGAUGGGGAAGACCUUCUUGAGUUGAUCACGGGCCCAAGUUUUGAACCAGACAUGGCUUCCAUAUUUUCGCAGAUAGACACACAUGGUGGAUUAUCCCUGCGUGAUUCUAUAAUUAAGGCUUUCGAAAAGCUCAGCGUGGAUCAAGGAAUGCCCCCUUCUUCGGAUUCUUGGGUUGUGGAAAACAUUGUGCAACCAGCGUUGCAAUCCUGUGCCGGCCAUGAUUGGGACAGGCCGUCAGUCUCUGAAGAAUCAUUCUUGGUGGAGUUUAGGAAAGCUGUAGAAUGCGUCGCUCAACAUCUCAAAGAUCAACCAGUGAUUGUCGCCCAUAGUGAAAAUACCUUUGAUGGAAGCGGAGUUAAGAGAUUAUUAUCCAACAAGUUUGAAUUAGACAAGAUAUUGAAUGCGGCUUUAGAGAACAUGCCAAAAGAUCGUAAUGGAAAAUUGUCAAAGGAGUGUCUGCGAGUGGCACUGGAUGUAGUGGCUCCAUCUGCUGGCCUAGCUCCAAUUGGUGCAGUUGAAGAGAUGGACAAGGUGGUUGGUGAUGUGUUUAAGAUGGUCAGCGCGGAUGACGGGAAGAUAGUUAAAGAAGAUGAGUUCAAGAAAACAUUUACUGAAAUCCUGGGGAGUAUCAUGUUGCAACUAGAGGGCAAUCCCAUUUCAGUCUCUACAAAUUCAGUCGUGCACGAGCCCCUUGCCUCUUCUUCUACACUUUUGCAGCCAUCUUCCUAGUGAAAAGGCACAUCUAUAUAUAUCUAUAUAUAUAUAUAUAUAUAGAUAUUUAUAUAUCAAGGAUAACAUAAAAAAGGAUAAAAAGAAUAAAAAAAUUUUCAGGGCAUUAAUGAUUGCUAUCUAGCUUGCCGAAGUUGUGUAUUUUGUGCAGUUAAAUUGAUGUGUGCGAAAUAGUAUGCAAAUAUAGAGAAGGUCCAAGGACCUGGAGCCAAGAAUUGCUUGUCAAUGGUGAUCAUUCUCCACCUA